CUAAUCGAUGACUGUACCUACUUAAUCGUGGGAUUUUGUAUUUGCUUUAGUUACUGUAUCGCCCCAGAGCCAAAUCAAACCACGUAACUAUAAUUAAUUGCUGCCGUUCAGUCCGUUGUCUAGAGCUGGAUACGCGCGCAUGUGGCGAAGUGUGGCAACCUGAUAUGACAUAAUUCAUAACUACCACGCUUUUGUUGUGACUUCGAGUGUGCUUUAGUCGACUGUUUUUGUUUUUAUAUCCAGUCAAGUUUAAUCUUCAUCAUGCCUAAAGGGGGGAAAAAAGGUGGCCAUAAAGGUCGCAUGAGAACUUACACAAGUCCCGAUGAAAUAGAUGCUCAAAUGAAAGAAGAAAAAGAACGAAAAAAGAAGGAAGAAGAAGAAGGUGCAGCAGUAAACGACAAUCAGAGCGAGGACAAACUGACAGCGUCAGGUUCAGAGGACAGUGACGAUGAGGGGUCUGAGAAAAGAAAGGGAGUUGAGGGCUUGAUAGAGAUUGAAAAUCCCAAUCGAGUCGCCCAAAAAGCAAAGAAAGUCACAGACAUAGAACUUGAGGCUCCCAAACAGCUUUCCCGAAGAGAAAGAGAAGAGAUUGAAAAGCAAAAGGCCAAGGAGAGGUAUAUGAAAAUGCAUUUAGCAGGAAAGACAGAUCAAGCUAAAGCGGACCUCGCUCGACUCGCCAUUAUCAGAAAGCAACGUGAGGACGCUGCACGGAAAAAAGAGGAGGAAAGGAAAGCAAAAGAAGCAACGCAGGCAGCAGCAGCAGCGGCUAAAGGACUACAUACGUUGUCUCUCAAAUAAUCCAAAUAGUGGAUUCUUAGAGGUUUUGAUGCAUUUGUGGACAGUAUACGAUGAUAUUGACAAUGUUAUUUUUGAAGACGAAGCAAAAGAUAAUGUGGUAUGCUAUAACACAGCGUUCCAUUGAACAGGAAUAUAUCAGAGUAUAUUAACCCAGAAAGCAGCCUUUUAAUUGUCCAAAUAAAAUGCCUUUGUGAGAGCCCUGAUGCUGUCACUGAAGUGGCUAAAUCUUAAUGCUUGCUUUCACUCAGUGAUAUUAGAAAUACAGACAUAUUUAUUAAUAUAUUAACAUAUUGCCACAUGUAGCUGAGUCAGUUUUGCAGUCUCAUUUUAAAGGAUUAUUGUAAGGAUAAACACGUAAUAAUCUGUCCUCAGAUGUAAAGGACCUCGUGUAUUUAGAGUGAUGUUCUGAUGGUAUUCUCUUCUUCAAAUAAUGUAAAGAAUAACAUGCACCAAUAAAAUGUCAGAACGUUUUUUUUUGAAAAUGUA